CUUGCAUAGGCUGCAGGUUGCAGGAUGUGGCUGCUGUCAGUGCUGGUUCCUCUCCUCAGGCUGUAUAUGUGUGGGAUCAAAGUUCUGCUCUACCAAAUGUUCAACCGAACCUUUCAGAUGCCAGCCUUACCCAAGCAAAAGGGAAGGGUUGCCAUAGUGACUGGGGGUACCAGAGGAAUGGGGUUUGAGACUGCAAGACACCUGGCAAGCCUGGGCAUGCAUGUCAUCAUAGCUGGGAACGAGCCAGAAGAGGGUGCUGCAGCUGUCAGCAGGAUAAAUGAAGAAUGCUAUGAAGGAAAAGCUGAGUUUGUCUUUGUGGACCUGACCUCCCUGAAAUCAGUCAGGCACUUUGUGCAGAAGUUCAGAGACAGAUCUCUGCCUCUGCAUGUUCUCAUUAACAACGCUGGAACCAUGCUGGUUCCUGAGACAUGGACAGAGGACGGCUUUGAAUUCCACUUCUGCCUGAACUACUUGAGCCACUUCCUGCUGACCAACAUGCUGCUGGACCUGCUGAAGACGUCUGGAAGGGAGGGUCGCUGCUCAAGAAUUAUCAACAUGGCCUCUGCCACACACUACGCAGGAGAGAUAAACCUGGAGGACCUGAACAAGAGAGUGGUCUACAGCUCCCAUGGUGCCUACUGCCAAAGCAAGUUGGCCCUGGUCCUCUUCACCUACUACCUUCAAGAGCAGCUGGCGGCUGGAGGAUUCUCUGUCACCGUCAAUGCUGUGGAUCCUGGGAUGGUGGACACAGCGCUGUACGAUAACCUCUGGACAUUAGCACAGAUGAUGAAGAAACCAGUGGCCGGUAUUCUGUUCAGGACUCCAGCAGAGGGAGCCUCCAUAUCGGUGUACGCUGCAGCUGCCUCUGAGAUGGAAGGAGUGGGCGGCUGUUACCUGUACAACGGUCAGAAGACUCAGUCCUCUGAUCUGUCCUACGACUCUGAGCUGCAGACCAAGCUGUGGAAAAAAAGCUGCGAGCUUGUGGGACUCCAGGCCUGAUACCUGGAGUACUCCCAUUUCCACAAUGUUCCUCCUUUAUUAACUAUUCACAACUACUUCACCCAACCACGUUGAGGCACUAUGACGAUUGUCGGAAGUGACACCAGGAGCGACUUUGAUUGUUUUCCCAAGUUGUUUUUGCCAAUACAGACAUGACUUCUACUUGUUCAGAAUAAGACAUUUUAUUUCUGUAGCACUUUUUCAGCAACAAGGCAUUUCAAAGUGUCCAGUCAAGUUAAUUUGUCUGCAAAAGUAGUAGACCUAAUUGUUUUAUUCUUCUCAUAGAUGGCAGUAUUUAUUAAAGUUGGAAAUGGCUAGCUUAGAAA